ACGAGCUAAAAAACGCCCCAUCUCCAAACACAGCGCCGUCCAUGUGCGUGGCAGCUAUGAGUCGACAGGGUUUUUCCGGCACUUCUUCAAUGAACUUCUCCAGCAGAGGCACAGGUAAUGGAUGCACGCCCCCAGAGCUGACAGAAGAGGACAAGGAAAACCUGCAAACUGAACUUGGAAAGGUGGAGGAUGAAAUUCAGACUUUGCGACAGGUGCUACUCGCCAAAGAGAAAUACGCAGCUGAUAUCAGACGGCAGCUCGGUUUUACCCCGAUGGCCAGCCUCAAAGAGAGUCUGUCGAAGGGCUGGCAGGACGUCCAGACCUCCUCCCCAUACCUCACAGCUUCUGCCACGCUCGACGACAUCAGCCACUCCAGUGCAUAUUUAAGGACCAAAGAGAGUUUCACUUACGCGGGGCACGUCACCUCCUCCGCCCUGUCCAACGUGGGCGAAGCGUUCACCCGCAGACUGGCAGAGAUGAGAGCUCUUCCUCUUCCCAGCCCUCCACGCAGACACACCAUCAGUAUGCCGGCCAUGAGGAGCUCGCCUUCGUUCAAGUCUUUCGAGGACAUGGUUGGAAAUGUGAAGGGUAAAAUGUCUGGAACGAAGGCGGCAAAUGGAGACCCGUCAGGAUACGCCCAAAGAGUCGCCCGACAGUGCCCCUGAAGUCAGCACAAAAGGACCAGAAAUAGAACAGAAAUAGACCUCAAACAGACCUCAAGUAGACCUCAAACAGACGAGAAAUAGACCUCAAAUACAGUCCCAAAUAGACCCCCAAUAGACCAGAAACAGAACAGAAAAAGACGCCAA